AUGGCUUCAGGGGCUGAGGUGCCGGAUACCUCUGUUUUCGAGAGGUUCGAGCGAAACAGAGACAUGGCUCUGUUUUUGCCAUUUCUCUUUAGUCUAUCGGAGACUGCCCAAGUACGAGAUAGCGACGAUCCAAAUAACGAAAACGGGAACACUGAAGGAUCCCAGCGUCAAAGAAUCAUCUUGGUAAACCCCUUCACUCAGGGCAUGGUGGUCAUCGACGCUGAUUCGCGCCUUGAAGCUCUGUUUCGAGAGCUCAAUAGCGGAAAAAGUGGUCGACCUCCGGCUUCAAAGGAAUCCAUUGAGGCCAUGCCGAGUGUGGAGAUUGGAGAGGGGUGUGAGGAUUUGGAGUGUGUGGUUUGUUUGGAAGAGUUUGGGGUUGGUGGGGUGGCGAAGGAGAUGCCAUGUAAGCAUAAGUUUCAUGAUGAUUGUAUUGAGAAGUGGUUGGGAAUGCAUGGGUCUUGCCCUGUUUGUAGGUAUGAGAUGCCGGUGGAUGAGAAUAAUUCGGGGAAGAAGAGUGAGGAAGAAGGGGGAGAGAGGAGAAGGGGUGGUGGUAGUGGUGAUGAAGUUUGGGUUAGUUUCUCUUACAAUAGGAUUAGGAGAGACCAGGAUCAUGAUCAAGCUGAUUCUUCAAAUGAUGAUUCUUUAUCAAGUCAUGGAGAUGAUGGUGCAGAGAGUUAG